GGCCGCCCGCGCCGCACACCGCUGUUCGCCGCGCCCGCCCGCACCGCCCGCCCGCACCGCGGCGCGCGCCCCGCUCCGCGCUCCGCUCCCGCCGUCGGCCCGGGCAGGCUGGAGCCGCCGCCGCGCUGUGACCCCGCGGACUCCUCGCUCCCCGCCGCGCUCCGACGCUGUCCGCCCCCGGCCGCCCCGACACCGCCGCUCCCUCGGCUGAAGCCAUGCCCUGUGUUCAGGCUCAGUAUGGGUCCUCGCCUCAAGGAGCCAGCCCGGCCUCCCAGAGCUACAGCUACCACUCCUCGGGAGAAUACAGCUCCGAUUUCCUAACUCCGGAGUUUGUCAAGUUUAGCAUGGACCUCACCAACACUGAAAUCACUGCCACCACUUCUCUCCCCAGCUUCAGUACCUUUAUGGACAACUACAACACAAGCUACGACGUGAAGCCCCCGUGCUUGUACCAAAUGCCCCUGUCGGGACAGCAGUCCUCCAUUAAGGUGGAAGACAUUCAGAUGCACGGCUACCAGCAGCACGGCCACCUGCCCCCCCAGUCCGAGGAGAUGAUGUCCCACUCGGGCUCCGUCUACUACAAGCCCUCGUCGCCCCCGACCCCCUCCACGCCCGGCUUCCAGGUGCAGCACGGCCCCGUGUGGGACGAUCCCGGCUCCCUGCACAACUUCCACCCCAACUACGUGGCCACCACGCACAUGAUCGAGCAGCGCAAAACGCCCGUGUCCCGCCUCUCCCUCUUCUCCUUCAAGCAGUCUCCCCCCGGCACGCCCGUGUCCAGCUGCCAGAUGCGCUUUGACGGGCCCCUGCACGUGCCCAUGACCCCCGAGCCGGCCGGGCCGCACCACGGCGUGGACGGGCAGGCCUUCGCCGUGCCCAACCCCAUCCGCAAGCAGCCGUCCAUGGCCUUCCCCGGGCUGCAGCUGGGCCACGCGCCGCAGCUGCUGGACAGCCAGGUGCCCUCGCCGCCCUCGCGGGGGUCCCCGUCCAACGAGGGGCUCUGCGCCGUCUGCGGGGACAACGCGGCCUGCCAGCACUACGGCGUGCGCACCUGCGAGGGCUGCAAGGGCUUCUUCAAGCGCACGGUGCAGAAGAACGCCAAGUACGUGUGUCUGGCCAACAAGAACUGCCCGGUGGACAAGCGCCGGCGCAACCGCUGCCAGUACUGCCGCUUCCAGAAGUGCCUGGCCGUCGGCAUGGUCAAGGAGGUGGUGCGCACAGACAGCCUAAAAGGCCGGCGGGGCCGCUUGCCGUCCAAACCGAAGAGCCCCCAGGAGCCCUCUCCCCCCUCUCCCCCGGUGAGUCUGAUCAGUGCGCUGGUGAGAGCCCAUGUCGACUCCAACCCGGCUAUGACCAGCCUGGACUAUUCCCGGUUCCAGGCUAACCCCGACUACCAGCUGAGCGGUGACGACACCCAGCACAUCCAGCAGUUCUAUGAUCUCCUGACCGGCUCCAUGGAGAUCAUCCGAGGGUGGGCAGAAAAAAUCCCCGGCUUCACCGACCUCCCCAAAACGGACCAGGACCUGCUCUUCGAGUCUGCCUUCCUGGAGCUGUUCGUGCUGCGGUUGGCGUACAGUUCAUUUUGGGGUUGUCCCCUUCCUUCCAGGUCCAACCCCGUGGAGGGGAAGCUAAUCUUCUGCAACGGGGUGGUCCUGCACCGGUUGCAGUGCGUCCGUGGCUUUGGGGAGUGGAUCGAUUCCAUUGUGGAGUUUUCCUCCAACUUGCAAAACAUGAACAUCGACAUCUCUGCCUUCUCCUGCAUCGCUGCCCUGGCCAUGGUGACAGAGAGGCACGGGCUGAAGGAACCCAAGAGGGUGGAAGAGCUUCAGAACAAGAUUGUAAAUUGUCUCAAAGACCACGUGACUUUCAAUAACGGGGGCCUGAAUCGCCCCAACUAUUUGUCCAAACUCUUGGGGAAGCUCCCCGAACUCCGCACGCUUUGCACGCAGGGGCUGCAGCGCAUUUUCUACCUGAAACUGGAAGAUUUGGUGCCACCGCCAGCAAUAAUCGACAAACUUUUCCUGGACACUUUACCUUUUUAAGACUCUUCCCCCGUGCGCUUCCGCUGACCCGAGGAGAAGCUCCACCUGCCUGAAGGGGAGCUGGUCUGGGCCCAGAGCAGCACCCCUGGGUGCCAGCUCCCACCCCAGCCGGUGUUGCAAACUCCCGCAGGCAGAACGCGAUGGGCAUUUUGGCUCUGGGGCAUCAUGGAUGCAGCUCAUGGACUACACAAAUACCAUGGUAUAAACUUUUUAUUAUCGGCUUCUAAAUGAAUUUAUUAUUAAGGACUCCUGAGUGGAAAGGUGACCCGAUCUGGCGACGCCGGGCGCGCAGCUCAGACCCACGCGGUGACAAACCCAGUGUUGAGGGACCCACGAGUGCCACCCUCCUAAAGACUAAAGUUUUCUGCUGUAAAAGAAAGCUGUAAGAUACCCAAAGCCCAAACGUUGCGUGGGUGGCGUGGCAUUGGAGAAGGCUUGUAAAUUUAUCAGAUGCGGUUUGGCUUUUUAAAAAAUUAUUCCGUGCCUAUUUAUGAAGAAAUACGGAAAAUAAUUCUAGAAAAAAAAAUAAAAAUAAAAGCUAAACGUGUUUGGGGAAAAAAAAAAUAAUUAAAAAAAAAAAAAGGGAGAAUAAAGACAAGAAAACCCAAUCUGUCCAUACCAGGGAAGCAUGACGAUUCCAGGGUGACAAUGUUAUAGGCACUUGCUAUUUCAGUAAUGUCUAUAUUCUAUAAAUAGUAUUUCAGACACUAUGUAGUCUGGUAGCUUUUAUAAAGACUGGUAGUUAUCUAAGCUUCAAACAUUUUCUCAAUUGUAAAAUAGGUGGGAACAAGUGUCACCCCCCCGAGAUCCCCCCCCAAAGGCACACAUAGUGUUUGUAAACACCGCCCGACACCCCUUGUUUGUAAGUGUUGUAUGUACUGUUGAUGUUGAUUAAAGAAGAAGUUUAUAUCUUGAUUAUUUUGUUGUCUAAAGCUAAACAGAUCUUGCAUGCAGCAGCUUUUGACUGUUUCCAGAGUGCUUAUACUAUACAUAACUCCCUGGAAAUUACUGAGCACUUUGAAUUUUUGGUUUGUUUUGUUCCGAGGGUUUUUUUUUAUGUCUAAAAAUUGUCGGUUAAUAUAUUAUUUUAUGUUCGAGUAAUAUUUUUAAUAUUGCCAUAUUCUGUGGUAUUUUUCUUUGUAUACCCCGGUUCGGCACACGGGAAAGUCGCUGCCUUUUUUUAAUAUGGUGUGAGACAGUUAGAAACGCGGAUUAUAAUUAUUAUUAUUAUUAUUAUUAUUAUUAUUUUUUCUCCCGAGAACUCUUUCUUUGAGAAAGACAAUUUUAAUGUUUACAACAAUAAAACAUGUAAACGAA